AUGAGUAAAAUUUAUCAUGAAAUUGUUUUUAUUUUUAUAAUACAUCUUUUUCAAAACGCAAUUUGUCUUAUUAGAAAUCCAGCUAUUGCAAUUUUAACUGAAUCAAAUAUAUAUAUAGCGCAAAUAAGUGAAUUUAAUUAUACAAAUGAUAAUUUUUAUUUAAUUUAUCAUCAUAAUGAUUCUGUUUAUAAUUUACAAAGUUUAACAUCAAAUAAUUUUAUUAACAGAAUUUAUGUUUGUUCACCAAGUACAAUAUAUAGACUUGAUUUACGAAUAGGAUCAACUAUUGUACCAUUUUCACCUGUUGAUGAUACACCAUGUCAAUCAAGUUUAACAUAUCUAUCGGGUAAAGCAACACUUGUUUGGGCAUUACGUCAUGCAAUAAUUCAAUUAGAUUUUCAAGAUAUGUCUAAAGAAUAUCUCUGGAAUUCAACAUCUACAAUUAAUGAUAUUAUAUAUAAUAGUUCAAUUAUUGAUGAUAAUAAUGAAUUUUAUUUAAGUGUUACAAGAACUGAUCAUGAAGUAGCUAUUCUAAAAUGUCGAAUUAAUAAUAACUAUCGUAUAUUAUCAUUUCAAACUUGUCUUUUUAUAGAUAAUGGUUAUCAAGAUAUAUCAGCAUUAGCUAUUGAUGGUAAUCAUUUAUAUUUUGCUGAUCGAAUUGAACAUAAAAUUUAUAUAUUAACAUUAUUACCAAAUGGUUUUAUUGAAUCAAAAGAUAUUUUACCAUUAGAUACAAAUAUAAUAGCUGAUAUUCAAUCAAUGUUUAUUUAUAAUAAUUAUCUUAUAUGGUUAACAAUAAGUGGUCAUGUACGUAUUGUUUCAUUAUUUACUUAUGAAGUUCGAAAUAUUUUUUGGUUUGACGAACAAUUACGAUCAAUUCGACUUGUAUCUUUUGCUCAAUGGCCAAAUCAUACAACAACAAUAACAACAACAAGAACAACAACAACAGCAACAGCAACAAAAAUAACAACAACGAUUAAGCCAUCAACUACAACAUAUUAUUCAACAUCAAUAACUACUACAUCAAAAUCAGCAAAUGAAACAAUGAAUACAACAAUAACAAAUAAUUAUAAUAAUAGUCCAUGGAAAGCAACAGCUUAUAUUACAUCGAUUAUUUUAGGUAUAGCUUUAUUUCUUUGUGCAGCACUGAUUACUUGUGUUUUACUUAAUUAUCGUCUUGGACGAGUUGUUCCACAUAGUUUUACGAAUAUAUUUCAUAUUCUACGUAAUCGAACAGCAGUACCACAAGCACCACUAUCAGAAGAUUCAUUAACAUAA